UCAAAGCUCUUGACCCGACGAAGACUCUCCGUCUCUCCGUCUCUCCGCUCCGCUCAGCCUUACUACCAACUUCUUCCUCUUUCUCUCUUAUCACCAUUAAUUGACCGGCAAGAUGCUGCCUUCAACGAGAUCAGCAGCUGCGCUGGCGCUGCGAGCCAAGCCAGCAGCCUCCUUGAUCCCUUACCGAUCAAUCGCAGCUAUCACAUCCUCCUCUUCGAAGCCUGCGAGUCCUGGACUGACACCCCACAAUGUCCCUCAGACACCACCCCCAAUGAUGAGCAUUACAGGCAAGCCCAGGAGAGAAGUGCCAUUGCCUAGCCAGGAGGGCAAGAAGGGUGCUAUGCAAUACGCACUAACAACACUCGAUCAAAUAGCAAACUGGGCGCGCCAAAGUUCUCUGUGGCCCAUGUCCUUCGGUCUCGCCUGCUGUGCCGUCGAAAUGAUGCAUCUCUCCACCCCUCGUUACGAUCAAGAUCGCCUCGGUAUUAUUUUCAGAGCAUCUCCUCGCCAGUCGGAUGUUAUGAUUGUUGCAGGUACACUCACGAAUAAGAUGGCUCCAGCUCUCAGACAAGUUUACGAUCAGAUGCCUGAACCGAGAUGGGUUAUUUCGAUGGGUAGCUGUGCUAAUGGUGGCGGGUAUUACCAUUACAGCUACAGUGUUACGAGAGGUUGCGAUCGCAUUGUGCCGGUUGAUAUUUAUGUGCCUGGGUGCCCACCUACUUCGGAGGCUUUGAUGUAUGGCAUUUUCCAGCUUCAGAAGAAGAUGAGGCACACAAAGAUUACCCGAAUGUGGUACAGAAAGUAGAAGGUAAUGGGACGGGAUGCAAGGAUAGUGGAGCAUGUUUCUUUACUGUACAAAGUUUCAGAUGCAAAUAAUCUGGUUGCACCGGAGUUCAUUAGUCUUUAGAGAAUAUGAAAAAACAAAAUCAUGACGUAUCUAGCCAUGAAAUCUCAAGUUUGUGAUUUAUCUAGAGC